CGACUAUAGUCGGCGAUAAAUUUAAAUAUUAGAUUCAAAACGUCAAUAGCAGCUGUCAUGUGAGAAUAGUUUAAUCCGAUCCGCAUAGAUUCUGCCAAAUGUUCAACCCUGACACUUUCAACCACAAAAAACACAACAUCAAUGUGACAACAUCCAUUUGGGCACAGAUAAAGACAAAUUUUUGACAACAUUUGUGGCUUGAUGUUUUGAUCGCAAGUGAACUUUCAGUUUUUAAUCUCAGAUUUCUCUACUUUCGGUAAACAUUUUCCUAAUGAGCUGGCUGAAAGCAGCAUUGAAGCAUCCAUAAAGAAGAGAUUUGUUUUCAAUUUGUGACUGUUUUCCCCGUCACUACAAUGGCUCCACACAACAAAUGCUGUGAAGAUGCCACUCACAACCAUGAUGAGGCUGAAAGGGGCAUCCAAUACAGUUUGUACACUAAAAUCAACACCAACGAUUUAGAGUGUUUGAAUGAAAUGGUUCGCGAUUCCGGAAAAACGGUGUUUAAGGCGUGGGAGAACAGAUUGAACAGAGAUAUGUUUGUACAGUCUGAUAUGGAUGAAGAGCUUUUGUUUAACAUUCCAUUUGUUGGCAAUGUGAAGCUGACGGGAAUCAUCGUUAUUGGUGAUAGUACGGAUGCUCAUCCAUCUAGAAUGAGACUUUUCAAAAAUCGCGAAUUUAUGACUUUUGAUGAUGUCGCGUGUGAAGCAGAUCAGGAAUUCGAAUUGCAAAAGGACACUGAAGGGGUUUUAGAAUACGCAACCAAAAUAGUGACUUUCAACAAUGUCAACCAUCUCUCCAUACAUUUCCCUAGUAAUUUUGGCGAAGCCUUCACUGUUAUUUACUAUAUUGGACUGAGAGGGCAAUUUACUGAAGCCCACAGACAUGGGGUUACAAUUUGCAAUUACGAGCUAAGACCCAACAUGUCUGAUCACAAGAACCCUUUGAGCGACAACGUAAACUCGCCGAUAGCCUGACUGGAAGUCCACAAUCCACUGAAAAUACCUUUAUAAUUAUUGUCUGUACAUUAUCAUUUUUGGUGUAAUUCAGCUGUCUAUUUAUUGCUACACCUUUACAGAUA